CCCGGUCAUUAAUUUUGCUUCGUAUGUAUUGGAUUCAAUAGAAAUAAAUAAACUGUUUACUAAACCUCGUCAAUUGUUGAAGUUAAAAAAAAAACAAAAACUACAAAAACCAAUGGAGAACUUAGAUGUUAUAACCAACUCGCAUAAGAUUUGUCGAAUUUGCUUGAAAGAGUCAAAUAACUUGUCACCACUCUUUCCAAAUGACCAAGAGCAACCCAAAUAUCCAGGCUUGGCAGAAAAAAUACGAGAGUGUGGUGAUAUUAAAUUAUGUGAAGGUAAAGAGUAUUUUGGUGUUUGUAUCCUACCAUCUAUGAUUUGCGACACGUGCAUCGAAAAUACAAAGAUAUCAUAUAAAUUUCGUCUGCAAUGUCAAUAUUCAGCGAAAAAAUUACAGCUGUAUUACGAGGAGUUAAUUCAAAAUAACCUUGAAAUGAUUCGCAGUCAAGCUAAUACACCAAAUGACAGCCAAGAUUUAUCAAACUUUACACAAGACAUUCAGAGUUCAGAAGGAUUUGAUGACAAAGAAGAUUUGUCAGCUCAAGAUAAAUUGAGUUCUGGAAACCAAAUUAUCUUACAACAAUUUCUGGAUCUAACACAACUUGAUCUUUAAGUUUCGUUAAUUUUUGUUCAUUUAAGUUUAAAAAUUCUUUUUAUAAUUAAUUAAGUUUCUAAUUCCAUCACAUAAGUUUAUAUUUAAGGUUAAGGAUAAAUCAUUAUUAAUAUUAAAUACUAGAUUAAAUACUAGAAUGU